AUGGGAAAUGUAGCAGUGUGGGUGGUAUAACAGGAUUCAAUGUGAGUGGGCAUUUUAGUAGGGUACACUGUGAGUGAGCAAUGUAGCAGGAUAUACUGUGAGUAGGAUUUUUUUACAGGGUACAUUGUGUGAGUGGGUAAUGGAGCAGGAUAUACUGUGUGAGUGGGCUUUGUAGUAGAGUAUACUGUGAGUGGGAGUAUUGCAGGGUAUACUGUGUGAGUGGGCAGUGUAGCAGGGUACAGUGUUAAGUGAGUUGUAUUGCAGGGUACAUUGUGUGCAGCAUUAACCUCUGUGAGAGACUAGAGCAGGGUUCGCUGAUUGAUCACAAACUCAGAAGAAUCCAUAGUGAACAGAGGACGAGUGUGACCGUGGUGAGGAAGAGAAGGAGUACUGACUACUGGAUUAUCCUGGAGAGAGGAGUUGUGCCUUGGGGAGGCAGCACACGAGCUGGAUUACCCUGGAUUAGCAGAAGGAAAGAGAGGGGCAUCAUUUACUACCUUGGCAAGAUUUGCAGAGCCCUGCCAUCCCAAUGAGUAACAGUCCUGGGGUAAUGGUACCCUAAUUCUCCUAUCAUUGGUAUCUGCUUGUGAGCCGAAAGUAUGAGAAAAUUGAGGAGAUUUGUGCACCUGGUGCUGUUUUGUCCACUUUCCAAAGGACUGCAGAGUCGCCUUCCUGGUAUCAAAGUGAAAUAUCUCUUCCUGGUGUGGUUGGGCAUUUUCGUAGGAAGUUGGGUGAUGUACGUCCAUUAUUCGUCCUACUCCGAACUUUGCCGAGGGCAUGUGUGCCGUAUGAUUAUUUGUGACCAGUACAAGAAAGGAAUCAUCUCUGGCUCUGCCUGCAAGGACCUCUGUGACGAUCACACGCUGAUCUUUCAGCAAUGUUUGUCAUCUUCACCGACCCAUCAGGUCUACCGGGGUACAUGGAGAGACCGAGAAGUCAUCAUUAAAUGUGGCGUAGAAGAAAAUGUAAAAGUCGAGAGUAAUCCUGAUGCUGUUGCAAGAAGGGAACUUGUUCUAUUUGAUAAACCGACCAGAGGGACCUCCAUGGAUGAGUUCAAGGAAAUGCUUCUGAGUUUCCUAAAAGCUAAUUUAGGAGACCAGACAUCCCUCACAGUAUUAGUAAGCCGGAUUCUAAUCAUGGCCGACGUGAAUGACGAUGGCAAAGUCUCUCUGGCUGAAGCGAAAUCCAUCUGGGCCCUUCUACAGCUCAAUGAGUUUCUCCUAAUGUUGUCUUUACACGAGAAGGAACACACAGCCCAGCUGCUCGGACAUUGUGGCGAUCUUUAUGUCAUGGAGCAAAUCCCCCAUGAUUCCCUUUACGGAACUCAAAUUCCUGGUUUCCUACAAACCUUCUUGCCGUCGCCCGUUCACAGACUCAUUCACCAAUGGUUUGCUCCUGCGUGGCCACGAAGAGCCAAAAUAGCUAUUGGGCUCUUGGAGUUUGUGGAAGAAAUUUUCCACGGAACCUACGGCAGUUUCUUUAUCUGUGAGACAAAUUUCAAGAACAUUGGGUACAACGAAAAGUACGACUUCAAAGUUGUGGACUUGCGUAAAGUAGCCACGGAGAUGACCAUCAAAGGGUUUCUAAAAGGCCGGCACUGUGAGCAAAACUCAGAUUGCACCUUCGGAAGGGACUGCACGGCAGCAUGUGACAAACUGAUGAAGCAGUGUAAAAAUGACGUUAUACAGCCAAACUUGGCCAAAGCAUGUAGACUGCUGCAGGACUACCUGCUGUAUGGUACCCCGUCUGAUCUGAAGGAGGAGCUGCAAAACCAGCUUCGGACUUGCAUGACGCUUAGUGGCCUGGCCAGUCAAAUGGAAGUCCACCAUUCCCUUGUGUUAAACAAUCUGAAGACUUUGCUUUGGAAAAAGAUAUCAAAUACCAAAUAUUCUUAAAAAGAGAAUGUCAACUGGAAGUCGUGUUUUUGGGCACCAGGGUGGCGAGCAAAGCCUGGAAAGGCUCUGGAACUUGAGGGUAUUUGCAGUAGAACUGUCAUGUAAAGUCAGAACCAUACAGAGCUCUUAAUGAAGUAUCUGUAAGGCGGGCAAAUUGCCCCUUAAAGGAGACGUGCAAACAGGCAGGGAACUAAUGACUUCAAAUAACCACUAAACUCUAAAGUUUACUUUUUUGCAUCUUUUAUAGAAAUUUAAUUAUGUUGUAAAAUGCACUUAGAAUUAUAAAAAUAAUAUAAUGAGGGGAACUUUGCCACUGCACUGUAUGUGGAAAGAAGGUAGAUAAGGCUUAAUUCUACAGAUUCAGCACCAAUAAGAAAAACCCAGUUGAAAUGGGCAGUAAAUGUACUGUAGAAAUGAGGGAUAAAAUUUAACCGUUUUGUGUCCCCACUUCCAUAUAAAGCAUGCUUUGGUCUCCAAGAUUCUUUUAAAUUUGGAGCAAUUGUGAACCAGUUGCAAAAAGCAAGGUAGAGCUGAAAAUCUAAUCAUUGUGAGAAGAUAAUUAAAGGAACACUAUAGUCACCUAAAUUACUUAAGCUAAAUAAAGCAGUUUUAGUGUAUAGAUCAUUCCCCUGCAAUCUCACUGCUCAAUUCACUGUCAUUUAGGAGUUAAAUCACUUUGUUUCUGUUUAUGCAGCCCUAG